AUGAAAGCCUUUAUCCAAGUCCUCGUCGGCUUAGUAUCAAUUUCGGCGGCUGUUCCUACCUCCCAGCCGAUCGAGCAGCGAGGUACACCAACCGUCAAUGAAGUGACCAAGCGCCAGCAGCAAAGCGUCAGCCUAUGUUCACUUUACGCAUACCACUCCGUCAACGGCUACGAAAUCCUGAACAACCUAUGGGGUAAAGACGCCGCGACGUCUGGUUCUCAAUGCACCUACUACGAUGGAACAGCCGGGAAUGGCAUCGCCUGGAGCAGCGACUGGGUGUGGCAGGGUGGACAAGACAAUGUCAAGAGCUAUCCGUACUCAGGUCGCAUCUUGACGAAAGGAAUCACCGUGGAGAAGGCGAAAACGAUGCCGACGAGCAUCCAGUGGACGUAUAACACGACGAACGUGCGAGCUAAUGUUGCUUAUGAUAUUUUCACUGCGGCGGAUCCGAAUCAUGUUAAUAGCAGUGGUGAUUAUGAACUUAUGGUUUGGCUUGCAAGAUUAGGAGGCGUCUGGCCAAUUUCUCAGUCCGGUGCACCUAUCGCCUCAGUCACGAUCAAUAAUUAUAAAUUCGAUCUCUACUUUGGUUACAAUGGAGCCAUGAAGGUCUACAGUUUCCUGCCGCCUCAGGGAACAACGUACAAUUCUUUCACUGCGGAUAUCAAGAAUUUCUUCAAGUAUCUGGCGCAGAGUCAGGGGUUCCCACAGAGUACUCAGAAUCUGAUUGUUUUCCAAGUCGGCUCAGAAGCGUUUACUGGUGGACCUGCAAAGUUUCGCGUCUCUAGUUUCAGCGCUAGCGUUACCACAUAA